AUGUCUCCACUCUCACUGAUAUCAUUUAUAACAACAAUUUACCUUCUAAACAUUUCAUAUUCCACAGAAGCUUAUUUACUUCCCUAUCCACCGGCAGAAGGAGAUUUGAAGGCCUUGGACAGCAGCCAGUAUGGUGACUUGGAUGAAGUACCAAGUCGAUUUAAAAAGAGCGAUACUACUAAUCUGCCAAAGAGAUUUAAGACAGCGAAAGAUAUGGAGCGAUAUAUGGCGGCUUUGAAUACUUACUACAUGAUCUUUGGACGACCAAGGUAG